AUGCCAGAGUUCUACAACCGUUUCGCCGGCCGCAACGAUCUCAUCGAAUACGCCCAGAAGUUUAACAUUCCCGUUACUUCCACUAAGGCUAAGCCGUGGUCUAUGGAUGAGAACUUGGCUCACUGCUCCUACGAAGCUGGUAUCCUCGAGGAUGCCGACCACACUCCACCAGAUGACAUGUGGAAGUUGACCGACGACCCUCGCAGUGCCCCUGAUACCCCAGCUGAUCUCAACAUCGUCUUUGAGAAGGGUAUUCCAGUCGCUCUCAUUGACCCCAAGACUGGCAACAAGACCACAGGCUCUCUCGCCAUCUUCUCUGCUCUCAACGAGAUCGGCCGUGUCCACGGCAUUGGUCGUAUUGAUAUCGUCGAGAACCGCUACAUUGGUCUCAAGUCUGUAAGUCUUUUGCCUUCCCCUGUUCAAGCUACCCUUGGCGUAUGCAUACUGACCUCUUCCCUGCACAGCGUGGUUGCUAGUAAGCUUCUUUCCCCCAAAUGCAGGUCCCCAUACCACCCCUGCCCGAGCUCUAACACAUUCUCUCCUAGUGACUCCCCUGCCAUGACCAUCCUCCGUCUCGCCCAUCUUGACCUCGAGGGUCUCGUCCUCGACCGUGAAGUCCGUCUCCUCCGUGACCAGUUCGUCACCAUCACCUGGUCCCGCAUCCUGUACAAUGGCCUAUACUUCUCCCCAGAGCGCAAGUUCAUCGAGCAAUCCAUCACCGCUAGUCAAGACGACGUUAACGGUCAGGUCCGCGUCCGAUGCUUCAAGGGCGCCGUUUCCGUCCUUGGUCGCAGCUCUGAGACCAGCAAGCUGUACGACCCCGAGCUCAGCAGCAUGGACUCCAUUGACGACUUUGCUCCUACCGACACCACUGGUUUCAUUGCCACGCAGGCCAUCAGACUCAAGGCCUACGGUAAGGCCGAGAAAGCUGCCGGUGUCGACCUCACCAAGCCAUAG